AUGGCAUCUUUAUCAUCUGUCCAUCAAUGGCGAUACGACGCGUUUUUAAGUUUUAGAGGUGAGGACACUCGAAAAAACUUUACCGAUCAUCUAUAUUAUGCUUUAAUUCAGAAAGGAAUUUUUACGUUUAGAGAUGAUGAAAAACUUGAGAGGGGAAAAGAAAUAUCUUCAGAGCUCAUCACGGCUAUCGAAGGGUCGAGGUUUGCCAUCAUAAUAUUAUCAAAAAACUAUGCUACUUCUACAUGGUGUUUGGAUGAACUUGCCAAGAUUGUUGACUGCAUGAAGGAUAAGGGGCAAAUAGCUGUUCCAAUUUUUUACGACGUACAUCCAUCAGAUGUAAGGAAACGGAGGGGAGAUUUCAAGAAAGCUUUUGAUAAACAUGAAGAAGAGAAUCAGGAGAAGGUGCAAAGUUGGAGAUCAGCUCUCAAACGAGUUGCCAGUAUCUCUGGAUACCAUUUGCAGGAGAGGCAUGAAACAAAACUUAUCCAAGAUAUUGUUGAAGACCUAUCGAGAAAACUGGAUCAAGAAACUCCAUCAUAUAUUACACGAGAUCUUGUUGGUAUGGAGUCUCGAGUGGAGAAAAUGACUGCAUACAUAAAACCAGGAUUGGACGAUGUUCGCUUCAUUGGCAUCUGUGGAAUGGGAGGGAUAGGUAAAACUACAAUAGCUGAAGUUGUAUAUGAUAUGCUUUCAAAAGACUAUGAUUGUAAAUGCAUUCUUCGCAAUAUUAGAGAAGUCCAUGAUACAAAAGGCCUGGAAGCUUUGCAACAAAAACUUCUACAUUCACUCAUGCAUGAAAGAAAUUUACAUGUGGAUGAUGUUUCUCAUGGAAUCAACUUGAUUAGAAGACGUCUCUACCGGAAAAAGGUUUUUCUCGUUCUUGAUGAUGUGGAUCAAAAAAAACAAUUGAAGAGUUUAGCUAGGGAGAGAGAAUGGUUUGGUUCUGGGAGUCGAAUCAUCAUUACAACCAGAAAUAAACAUUUGCUAUCCCAUCUAACUGAAAACAUAUAUGAUGUUAAUGGACUGACUUUCCAUGAAUCUCUUCGGCUGUUUCAUUUGAAUGCCUUUAAAACCUCACGACCCACAAAUGAUCUUCUUGAGCUCUCGCAACAGGUGGUGAAUUACACGAACGGACUUCCAUUAGCUAUUGUAGUUUUGGGAUCCCAUUUGUGUGGUAGAAGUGGUGUUGAGGUAUGGAAGAGUUCCUUGGAUAGACUACAACAAUUUCCAAAUAGAGAAAUUUUGGAAUCACUCAGAAUAAGUUAUGAUGGACUAGAGGAUGUGAACAAGAAAAUAUUCUUAGAUAUAGCAUGUUUCUUCAAAGGAAAGGAAAAAGAUCGAGUUAUUGAGAUACUAAAUAGUUGCAAUUUUUAUGCAAAUAUUGGAAUGGAAGAACUGAUUGACAAAUCUUUGAUAACUGUUAUUUCAAAAAACCGAUUAUGGAUGCAUCAGUUAUUGCAAGAAAUGGGCUGGGAGAUUGUUCGAGAACAGCACCGUGAUGAGCCUGGCAAAUGGAGUAGAUUAUGGGUAUAUAAGGAUAUCUACAAAGUUUUGACAAAAAUAAAGGGAACAGAAGCAAUUGAAUGUAUAAUGGUUGAUGUAACUCACUCCAGAGAUAUGCGUGAACGAGGAAUCAUGGGUCUGCAUGGUAAAUCUUUUUCAGCCAUGACCAAUUUAAGGUUACUCAGCAUCAGUAAUGUUCACCUUUCCGAGAACCUCGAAUAUCUCUCAAGUGAGUUACGUAUUUUCGAAUGGAAUGGAUACCCUUUAAAGUCCUUGCCCUUAUGUUUCCACCCGGAGAAUCUCUUUGAACUAAUUAUGUGCAACAGCUGCAUUGAAUAUCUUUGGGAGGGCAUGAAGUCCUUUUUGAAGUUGAAAACCAUUAAUCUCAGUCAUUCCUGCAACCUGAUAACAACUCCAGACUUUACUGGGGUUCCAAAUCUUGAGACGCUAGAUCUUGAAUGCUGUACGAAAUUGCGUGAGGUUCACCCAUCUGUUGCAGUUCUCACAAAGCUAACUGUAUUUGUCUUGAAGGAUUGUAGAAAUCUUUCGAGUUUUCCAAGCGAUAUCCGUGGUUUGAAGUCUCUCAAGAUUCUUAAACUCAGUGGCUGCUUAAAAUUAGACAAGCUGCCUGAAAACAUAGGGGAAGCUGAAUGUUUGGUAGAACUAGAUAUGAGUAGGACGGCAAUAAGACAAGUACCGUCCUCCAUAGUACAAUUGAAAAAGCUCGAAAAACUCUCUCUUCAUGGAUGUAAUGGACAACGACCCCAAACCUGGUUCACUUUCUUCUUGUCAUUGUUGUUACCGAACAAAAAUCCAGAUUCCAUGUGUUUGUUGUUGCCACCUCUCUCAGGUUUAAUUACUCUCAAAAGUUUAGAUCUUAGUGAUUGUAAUCUUUUGCAUGGAGCGAUCCCCAAUGAUAUUGGCUCCUUAUGCUCGUUGGAAGUUCUAGAUUUAAGCGGAAACAACUUUGAUACCUUACCUCCAAGCAUCAAUCAACUUAUGAAACUUGAAUGUCUUGGCUUGGAAAGAUGCAAGAAGCUUCAAUUGUUGCCAGAGCUUCCACCGGCAAUAGUUUUUCUUGACGCAGGUGAUUGUACUUCACUCGAAAGACUAUCGCCACCAGAAAAAAGCACUUCCUCAGCAUUUUUCCUGUCUUUUGAUAAUUGCUUCAAACUGGUUGAGAAUUACGGCAGCGACUUGGCAGUUAUGAUGCUGAAACUUUGGCUCCAGAAAUACUCUCGUGGAGCUUUUCGCUUUGACAUUUGUCUUCCGGGAAGUAAAAUUCCAAAGUGGUUCAAUCAUAGGAGUAAUACUCCUUCAAUAAAAAUCGGAUUGCCUCCACAUUGGCUCAGUAAUAAACUCAUGGGAAUUGCAUUCGCUGUAGUAUUUAAUAUCGGUGAUCUUUCAGAUUUUCGUUUCGAAUGUGACCUACAUUUUCAGAAAGGUUCUUUACAUUCCCAUUGUCACAUCGCUCAUAAAGUCGUCGAGUCUGAUCAUCUUUUGAUGUUGUUUUUCUCACGUGGGCGAAUUGACAAAGUACGUCUCGAUAUGGGUGAUUCUACAUAUGUUAAUGCUAUAUUUCGAGUUAUAAAUGGCAAGAAUAAUAUGUUGAAAAGCUGUGGGAUUCAUCUAUUGUACAAAGAUCUGGAAUAUGUUGAUCGUCAUCAAUUGGAGGAACUACGCCAACGAAACUAUGAUGAAGACUACGAACUCGACCAAACCUAUGAUGAAGACUCCGAGCAUGAGCAAACUUAUGAUAACUGUGGGGUCCAUUUGUUUUCCAAACCAGAGGUGCAGAAGGCAGUGGAAGAAUCAAGAUCCAGGAGAUGCAUCAUCUCUGAUUAUGAGGAGCCAAUCUCUAAGGGACUAAAAUCUUCCAAUUUCAUUAUGGGUGAAUCCAGCAUGAGGUCUGGGGUGCCUCUGCUAAAUGAGAAAGAAGUGGAAGAGUUCAAUCCAAUUACUAAUGAAUUCCCUGAAACUUUUAAUGGUUCAACAAUGGAUGUCAUUGCCACAACUACACAAAGCCCUGUUAACAAUGAAGUGACUACUUCUGAUGACGAAGGAAAGGGGGGGGAAUCCAAAAAGACCCAAAUUUACUAUAACACAAAUAGCAUACUAUUUCAGGUUGAAGUUGAAGCACCGGCCACUGGAGAUAUAGAAGAAACUUCUGAGGUCCCUUCGACCGUGGAAGAAAAAGUAGCGACACCUACUGAAGAAGCAGAAGUAGUUGUUCAUGAAGAUGAUGAUGAAGAAGAAGAGGAAGAAGUUGAAACUGCAUUGAAGGAGGAAAAUGAAGAAAAAGAAACUGCAGCACCUCUGGUUGAAAAUGAAGUGGAUGAACCUGAUGCUACUUUUGAUGAUGAUGAUGAUGCCGAAGCUCAAAAACUUGAAGAUUACUAG